UUUUCUUAGGUUCAUGUUGAAACAUCACCAUAUUACCUACUUCAAUUUUUACCCGUCUACGGAAGAAGCAGGAUUUUCAGUUGUAUUUAUGGCUUCAUAACUGUUUAUCGAUAACCAAUUAAAUUGAAUAAAUGGCUGUGGAAUUUAAAGUGUCAAUUUAAUUUGGUACAACGUAAUGGAAUAAUCUGCCAUUUAAAUAAUAAAAAAUUAAAUUUCUUUGAUGGAAUUAUGAUAGCAGCUACUUCUUUAUGCCGACCUCUUAGACAGCGCACUUCUAGUGGAAACUUACUCAGUGGAUUUUCAAAAACAACAGUGAUGAAUGACUGUAGAUUUGCUCAAGAUUCAUUCUUGUUUCGACAGUUGUUUGAUAAAGAAUCUUCAACAUAUACGUACCUGUUAGCUGAUUAUGUUGCAAAAGAAGCAAUCAUUAUUGAUCCUGUCAUUGAACAAGUGGAACGUGAUCAUUCGAUUCUUAAACGAUUGGGCUUGAAUCUUUUAUACUGCGCUAAUACACAUGUACAUGCUGAUCACAUUACGGGUACUGGUGAAUUAAAAAAACUACUACCAACAUGUGAAAGUAUUAUUUCUUUGAGUAGCGGUGCUAAAGCUGAUGUCUAUGUUAAAUCUGGAGAUGAAAUACAGUUUGGUCGUUACUCAGUUGAAGUUAGACAAACUCCAGGGCAUACAAAUGGUUGUGUUACAUUUGUUUGUCAUGAUGAAGCAAUAGCACUCACAGGAGAUUGUUUAAUGAUUGGUGCUUGUGGACGUACUGACUUUCAAGAAGGAGAUGCCAAAACAUUAUAUUCUUCUGUUCAUGAACAAAUAUUUUCAUUACCUGAUUAUUAUAAAAUAUAUCCUGCACAUGAUUACACAGGUCAAACUGUUACUACAGUUGGAGAAGAAAAGGCUUAUAAUCCACGUCUUACAAAAUCAUUGGAUGAAUUUAUUGAAAUUAUGAACAAUUUAAAUUUAGCAUAUCCUAAAAGAAUUGAUGUUGCUGUGCCAAUGAAUUUAAAAUGUGGCAUACAAGACGAAUUUAAAAAUAAUAAUUGA